AAAUUCCAUUAUUUGCAAUUGACCGAAAAAGGCUGAUGAUGGUAGAGGAAUUGCUAUAGUUGUGUGUUACUACUUGGUUGUUGUUGUGUGGUUGAUUUUAGUAAGCUGGUAACUGGAUAGUCACGUUACAUGUACCAACAACAGCCAUCAAGAACAACAACAGCAUCGAAAUUCCAUUAUUUGCAAUUGACGACGAGGAUUGUACAAUACCGUAGUGCAAAGCGCUUUGUUUCAUCCCCAUCAGAAAUCAAUGAGUGAGAUAACCAGAGAGGUUCUUGUGAAGGGUUUGUCGAAAGGGAAACAUUCAUUGGCCGAGGAGACCACAGCACUUGAAGAGAAGAAAGAGAGUUCCGACCUCCCUGUGGACGCUGUGCAUGCAUCUGAAAAAUCCGGAGAGGGGGAUUUGGAGAGUGGCCUGUCACCAACGCUGUCCUUGCAGAAACGACGAAAUCGAUUCCAGGAACUUCCAGAAGGCUUGGCAGAGCUGUUUGGUGGCCAAGUUUUUAGAGACGAAGACGAACUCGAAAAACAUCUCCGCGAGCUAAAAAUUGCCGACGAAGCCAUAGUCUUGUGCGAAGACGGGAAAGCAUGUUACCACAUGCCGGGGGAAGAACACAAUACCGGGACUGGAUAUAUUGCAAGAAAGUUCAAUAGUUGGGCCCGCGAUAUGAAAGGGUUUGCUCAGGAGAAUACGAAUAUAAAACUCCGACCACGUCUUCCUGGAGCUCCUCCGCCCCUAAAACGACAACGGCCCAAGAAGAGACUGCCUGACGUUGCGCUAUGGGGUAGAACCAAGUGCUACUUCGAUAAUGAUGGGCGCAUCAGGGGAGCCAUGAGAGCCACCCCAGCGUCUGCACAGCCAAAAGUUCAUCCGCACGUGGUAAUCCAACUCUCUGUUUUCGAUGACGAAGACUAUGAGGUUGAUGCCAUCAACGACCUUGCUACCCGUGCAAUUCCUGGGCAAGGGACGCCACCGAAUCUUGGCAUAUUGAUCAAGAGUCGUGAGGCAAACGGACCUGGCAUCCAGGCCGGCUUCGACAUAUACUACCUUCCUGCGGGAACUUUUUUUGAUGAUGCCGUGAAUGGCACAAAUGAUGCCAGUCAUGUCGUUUACAAUUAUGGUGGUCCCGAUGUCGUUGUGACAAUUACAGAGGCAAAUCUGGGAGGAGUUGAUCUUAGUGUUUGGGAAUCGAUCAUGAACUUUUUAACGGGGCGUGGCAACGACUUCGAGCUCAGCAUGGCUGAUCUCUACGAAGUUACUUUUGUAUCAUAAGAUGAUGGCUGAGGAGGUCCUGAGCUGUUUUUUGUACCAUCUGCUAGAUGUCAUCCAAAUUGGUUUUGAAGGGGCUGGACUAUCGCAACUUAGCAUUGGUGUUUUCUAGCUCGAAAGACCACAAAAUUGUUCCCACGCUACCUAGCUCCUAGCUAGACUAGUUCUAUAGCCUCAACAUUGUACGGAUAUCUCGUUUAGGCCUAUCCUCAGAACCCUGGGAACCGAGUAACCCUGCAUGCAUCCGACAAAGUUGCUCCCGACAGAAAACCUGGGACAAGAGGGGGUAAGCGAAGCGCUGAAGGGUUGAACAACUAUCCCUAAUAGGUUAUUUGACAAAUAUGGCCAGUGUACGAGGAACGAG